AUUGAUCAACAAAGAUAACAACACGCGGUAGCUUUACACAAUUAAAUCGAAUUAAUAACAAUAACAACAAUCGAUAAAUUUGUAACAAUGGCGAAUCAAAUCGAUCAAUCAAACCCAAAAGCAGAGGAGGUGGUGGUGGUGGUGAUGAUGGUGGAGGUUGUUGGUUUCCCGGUCGAUCAAGCCCUGGAUGCUCCGGAACUCCUCCACGUGGCAGGGUAUGGUGAUCGGCCCCUUCUGGUAGUGGAAAUCGAACUCCUCCUCCGCCGAUUUCAGCAGCCUCAUGAACAGUGGGUGGUUGAUGUAGAUCACCGGGACCACGAACCUCUGCUGCUCCUCCCCUUCCUCUCCGACGAUGAUCGCCACCAUCCCCUUCUUCGGCCCGCCGCCGUGGUGGUGGAACAGAUCCAGGUGCGGGAAGUGGAUGUGGAAGUGGUGGUGGUGGUGCUUCCCCCCUCCUCCACCUCCGCCGCCGCCGCCGCCGUUGUUGUCGGCAGCUGCGGCUGGCAUCGCGUCAAUAAUAGUCUCCUCCGACGCUACGCUACUGCUCCCCAUAACAAACAAACAAAACAAAAAAUUGGAACCGGAUUGGCAGAAAACGGAAUCUGGAAGCGGAGGCAGGGGAUUAUAAGAAGGCGGAGAAAGGCCAGGGAUCGGAGGAAGAGAUGGCGAGGUUGAAGAGCGUGAGUGCUGAGUCUGUGAGGGAUGUUGGAAUGUUGCUCAUUCUAAUCUAAUUGCUCCUUUCGCAUAUAGUGAUUCUAGCUGCUGCAGGGGAAUGGUUGGGAUGGUUGCAGAGAAAACUUGUUUUGGCUGGAGGAUGAAGAUGAAGGAAUGGAAGGAGGGGGGAAAAGUGGGAGA